GAAUUUUCAAGCGAUAGCAUGUCAAGUGACAAACCUAUAAUGGAGGAUUAUGAUCCAAAACUUGAGAAAACUCUUAAUACUCUUACAGUUCUUAUUAAAUCAAAGAAACGUUCUUCGGUAAAUGAAGUUUAUGUUGAUAUUCCUCCGCGAAAAAAAGUUUGUGGAUUGUAUAACAAAGAAAUAUUAGAAAAUGAAAUUGUUUAUACUGAACAAGAGUGUUUAGAUGCUUUAAUGAUUGUGGAUUUUUUUCCGGAAAGAAGUACCGAAAGAGUUAUACUUUGGGAUGGUAAUAUUGUUGAAGGUGAUAAGAAUAUGCCAUGUAAAAGGACAAUUUUUAAAACAUUUUCAAUUAGUGGCUUCGGUUUGGAAGAAUCAAAUUUAGAAGUCAUGAUCCAAUCAAAUCUUAAUGAUAAAGUGUGGUACAUGCUUCGAACUCCACAAUCUAUGUAUCAUGAUCUUUGGAUUGCGUUUUUAUGGAAAGCGCAUUUAGUGAAAUAUGUACUUGAUUAUUUAAAUAAUAAUCCGGAUGUCCUUUUCGAGGAUUUUAAAUUCGGAUUUUUUGACUGGAUAUCUCAACAUAGAAAAGAUGAUAGUAUUUUUCAAAAAUGGCUUAGUGAAGUCAACGGUAAUACCGAUUUCAGAUCUGUUGUUGCAAAUAAUAUGCACUUAAUUUGGCAUGAAGCAUACAAUCUUGGUGAAGAUUAUUCGCGUUUACCAUUCUUUACAGAUGAAUAUUGCCCCGCAAAGUAUUCUUGUAUUGAGGGUCAAAACAGAAUCGAAAAGACAGUUGUUACACCAAAAGUAUAUAAUUGGUUUCAUGAAUUAUUUCCGGAAUUACUACAGCCUUUAGUGCCAAUUAGCGAAAGUGAAUGUAUCCCGAUGGUAUAUAUUCAGGAUGAUGAUGAAUUCAGAGAGAUUAAUUACAGGGGUCAAUUAUUAUUUGAGAUUCCGCUUGAGGAACCGCAUUGUUUUAAACAAGUUACAAUAGAUGGUAUGACUCUUAAAGUAGGAGAUACUGUUGAGGUUGUACCUACCGAUGGAUCCACUGAUGGUCGUUGGUUUUGUGGUAAACGUGGAUCAUUUCGAUUACUGUGGUUAUACACACGCUACCAAACUAUACUCAGAAAACUUGAUAAGGAUGUCAGCGUUAAUAAAUCAAGAGAAUUAUUUUUCACAUCUAAUUGUGAGUGCCAGGAGCCGUGGCCUAUUGAAAAUAUAAUUCGCAAGAUUGAUGUGCACUUUGGAAAAUCGAGUUGUCCAGGUUGUUCAAAUCUUGAUUAUUCCUUUUUCUGUCGUUAUCAAUACGGUUAUGAAACUGAAAAUUCAUUCUUAUCUUUCCAUCCUGGAAUACUUCCUAAAGAGGAUGGUUUGAUAUGCGGUUGUAAACGACCUGAACCUAAUUAUUAUGAAGAAUUUACUGAAAAGUAUAAUGUUAAUGAUUGUAUUCUAAUAACGCCACUUAAAGGAGAUAUCUUGGAUUUAUACACAGUUUGUAGUAUUGAACGGUUCGAUUUAGAAAGAAAAUCUGUUUGGUUAAGACGAUUUUAUAGAUGGAGUGAAACAUCUGUAAAACGACCUAAGGCACCGAUAAACGAAAUUUUAUAUUCUGAAUAUAUUUUUGAAUUUAAUAAAUUUGAACAUGUGAUUAGUCCUUGUCAUGUCGAAUUUGUUAAAUUUGGCAAAAAAAUACCUGUUAACCUUCAACAUCGUGGUGCUGGAAAUCAUUUUUACUUUUCAAGGAAAUAUGACCGAAUAACUAGAACAAUUCAUCCUAUUAGAUCAGAAUCGCAACAACUUUCUACAAACUUUCCAAAAUAUUCCUUCAAAGUGGGAAACACUUAUAAGUUGAAAUGUCUUGACCUAUUUUGUGGUGGUGGUUCAUUAGGUCGAGGAUUUGAAGAUGCAGGCUUUACACACUGUCAAUGGCAAGCUGCUAUAAAAACUUAUCGACAUAAUCUUCAGCACGAUGAUAUUGAUAUAUUGAAUCAGAGUGUAAAUAAUAUACUCUCUGAUGCGAUUUUGGGGAAUCCAGAAGCUCGGGGAGAUGUUGAGAUAAUACUCGCAGGUUCCCCCUGUCAAGGGUAUUCUUAUAUGAAUAGGAAUCGACAUAAUCUCAAAUCAAAAAGAAAUAAUUCUCUUGUCGCUUCUGUUGUUUCUUUUGUGGAUUACUAUCAUCCACGAUACUUAUUAUUGGAAAAUGUUCGAAAGAUUACAUCUUCGGAAGUUUUUUAUCGAUUAAUCGGAUGUCUUCUUGAUAUUGGAUAUCAAAUCCGUUUUGGUGUAGUAUCGGCUGAUAGAAUGGGAUGCGCCCAAAAACGGUUUAGAAUGUUCUUAUGGGGAGCUGCUCAAGGAGAGGUUCUACCAACAAUGCCACCAGUUACUCACAAAGGUUUAAAAAAUGAGACAUAUGAGACAUAUGCAAGUUUUCCCAUGGUCUCAAUAAAGGAUCAUAUAAGUGACCUUCCACCAAUUGGAGAAGGUGAUAUCUGGUAUCCUUCAUUUCCAGAUCACAAAACUUAUCAAAUGAGUUUGAGGACCAAAGAAAUUCUUCGAAGAAUACCAACAUUCCCUCCAGCAAGAGAUUAUUAUUAUGCUCGAAAACAUAAAUUUAUACCUGAUAUACAUGCUGUACCAAGUUAUGAUGCUAAACUUAUAAAGUUUCCUAAAGUAGCACAUCGCUAUAAAUAUUGUCAACGAAUUGAUCCGAGUGGUUUAUUUCCAACAAUAUGUACAGUAAUGCGCCCUAGUGGAUAUUAUCCGGAAGCCGUUCAUUAUAAGGAACCACGAAUGGUCAGUGUUCGUGAAGCGGCUCGGGCACAAGAUAUACCUAAUUCGGCGCGGUUAA